UUACAGUCACUUGGUGUAAAAGACUCAACUGAAGAUCAAAAUGAACCUUACAUCUGUCAACUGUGAUUUUUGAAGCUUGGAAAAAAUUCAAAAUUCGAAGCCAUAAAGAGGAUUUUUGCCAGGCUAAUCACAAAGAAACUAGACUGUAGAUUCUUGAACUCAAAGUAUGUCUUUAUGUUAGAAACUUGGUUGUUUGAAUUGCGAGGCAUAGAUAGUUUUGCCUUUGACAAUCUGAAAGGACCUUGUGCAGUUUUUCAAACCAUCUUUUCCAAGAAUCCUACUGAGAAAUUCAGUGUCUUUAUGCAUCUCGAUCCAUAUCUCCAAAGUGAACCUUAUUUGAUUAGCCCAAAGAAACAACCAAAAAGUCUCUUCAAUCCAGCAACCCUGGUGGGAAAAUCAACAUCCAAGGACUUCUCGUCGUGCCAUUUAUCUCUACUUCAACAUUUUUAAUUUUGGGGUGAAGUAAUACACACGCCCAUACAGGAAGGGAGAAGCAGGGCAGAACAAGAGUAGUUGCAAGGAUAGAAAGCAGCCAUGUAAAUAUAAAGACUAUUCCCUUAACAAGAGCUAAGAAUAUUAUUAGUUUGAGAAUAAACAUCCCAGCGAAAUGGGAAAAGGAUCCCUUGAAGAUACACCAACAUGGGCCGUAUCGAUUCUUUAUUUGCUCUUCUAUCUGCUUUCAGUAAUCACUGCUGCAGCACUGAACCGUCUAGCUGAGUUUCUCAGAAGGAGAAAAAGAAAAUCUUUCUAUAGAGCCUUGGGUAAGAUUAAAAGAGUUACUGCAGAAGUGAUGAUAAUGGGUUUCAUGUCAUUUUUCCUUACGAUAUCUGGAAAACCCAUAUCCAAAAUCUGUGUCACCAAAACUGUGGCAACCUCUUUUCUUCCUUGCAAAAAUAUUUUGGAGGCAAACGCAAACACCACAAUCUCCAAUGAAAUCACAGAUGAAGCCAGCUGUCAGGCAAAGGGGAUGGUUUCUCUGAUUUCCAGGGAUGGAAUUCGGCAACUAAAUAUCUUCCUCUUUGUGCUGGCAGUAUUUCGUAUUCUAUGCUGUGUACUAACAAUGUGUCUGGGGAUAACUAAGAUAGGGAGAUGGCAAGCAUGGGAGGAAGAGACUCGGACCCUUGAUUAUGAGAUAGAAAAUGAUUCAAGAAGGUUCCGACUCACUAGUCAAACAUCUUUUGGGCAACAGCAUUUAAAGAUUUGGACUCAUUAUAUGGUCUUCCUUUGGCCAGUUAGCUUCAUUCGACAGCUCAGUGGUUCGAUCUCAAAAGCUGAUUACUUCACUCUUCGCAGCGGGUUCAUCACAGCCCACGUUUUUGAAGGCAGCAAUUUCAACUUUCAGAGGUACAUUGCCAGAGCUUUUGACAAUGACAUUGAGCAAGUGAUUGGAAUCAGCUUCUGGAUCUGGAUCUUCUCCAUAUUUUUUAUAUUUUUCAAUGCACAUGAGUUCUACAACUACUAUUGGCUACCUUUCAUUCCUCUAAUGAUUCUUCUAGUUGUGGGGACAAAAUUGGAAGUUAUAAUAACUGAAAUGUGUUUGGAGAGUAGCAACAAGAAUAGUGUAACUCAAGGGGCUUUUCUUGUGAAUCCUAACGACAAUUUCUUUUGGUUUGGUAGACCAUAUUGGCUCCUUUAUCUCCUUCAAGUCAUCCAAUUCCAGAACUCCUUUCAGCUAGCAUUCUUCACGUGGACAUGGUAUGAGUAUGGCCCAGGAUCUUGCUUCAAUCAAGGGACAGCAGACGUCAUCAUAAGAGUCGUCAUGGGCGUGGCAGUGCAGUUCCUAUGUGGUUAUGUGACGCUUCCUCUUUGUGUGCUCGUCACACAGAUGGGUUCUGGAAUGAAAACAGCAGUAUUCACCGAUCGUGUGGCUAAGGGCAUCAAACGCUGGCACAAAAUUGCAAGGCAGAAUCUUUACAGAAAUAGAUGUACUUCAACCAGAAAUUCGUCGGAUCAAUGCCUCAUGGAGAGGGCUCCACCUCCAUUCUCAGACAAGCAAAAAUCAAAUUUACCGAAGCAUGGCCACCUUCCUCCCUUAGCAGUCCUUAGCUCUCCACAUGAUGCUGAAAUCACAGAAGAGGCAGCGCAGCAAAAUCAUAGCCCUACAGGAACUGUAAACAGCAUUCUAAAUCUUGAAAUCACUGAAGAGGAGCCAAAUUCUGGAGAAGCCUUUGACGGUGAGAUUUCUUUUGCAAGCACCUGGAAGGAUUUGUAAGCUGGCAAGCACAAAGGAAACAAAACUUCAAAGCUAGAAGAGACUGACUUGUCAUUAACUGAUUUUAACAUCUAAUAAAUUAAUGCUAUGU